UAAAACUGCGCAAUAAUGAAUCAAUUAUUUUGCUUUUUAUCCAUUUUAAUUUCAUUUAUCAUAAUUGUGCUCGUACCGUCUAAUGCACUACCUGCUGAUCCGGUAACAGAUGCCACUAAAGCAGCUGGAAACGUCACUAACGAUGCGAAACAAGGAGUAAAUGAUACAUUAAAGAUGGCUGCUGCCGCUACCGAAAAUAUUCCUGGACCAGCAGCUAUUAUACCGCAAGUGUUGAAAACUGCCGCAGAUGUUAUAAUCACUACUCCAAUUCAAGUCGCUGAAGUAGUGGUAGAUAAUUUUUCGAAGAUUCUCAGUCCAGCUUCGCCAGCAUCAGAUAAAACUGCAGCAGCUGCUACUAAACCCAACGGCAUUGCAACAACUGUUGCAGACGCCAGUAAAGGGUUUACCAGCCUUCUCGGACUCGGACUCGGAUUUUUUGGUUAGUAGAAAGCGCGGAUCAUGUUUACUUAACACCGAGCCAAUGGUUCCAAAAAAACUUUGGUGUAAGGU